CUCCGGCUCCCCGGUGAUGUCAGGGUGCCUCAGCCCGCGGCACCGCCUUCCUGAGCACGCCCCGCGCGGCUCCAGUCGGGACGUGGGAGGAGGCUGCGGCGGCGCCGGGGGCGGUGCGUCCCUUCAGGUGGGCGGCUGUCCUGGCCGCGCCGGUUCUGCCCUUCUGGGCCUGGCACCGCGUGCCCAGCUCGCGACUCUAAUCGCCCCAUGGCUCCUCGCCACGGAGAGCUCCGCAGCGACGGGGCGGUUCUCCACUCCGGCCGCGCCUCUCAAGUGCCCAUCCCAGUGGAGCAGAGGCCGCCCUCCGGCUCCCCAGGCCUGGCCUCCCAAGAAGCAUCAGGAGCCGGCCGUGGCGCCUCGGCCGCCGGCGAAGGACGCAGGCCGCCGGAACUCGGGACGCUGGCAGGACGUAUGUGGGGUACUUCGGAGGAAUACUGUGAAUUGCGGUGGCAUCAGUGCCCCCAACAAAUCGGAACGUAAAUCAAUUGUUUGGGGCACCAUGACGCUUAGGCUCUUAGAAGACUGGUGUAGGGGGAUGGAUAUGAACCCUCGGAAAGCACUGUGUGCCGGCAUCCCCCAGACCUGUAAUGUGACAGAAAUGUAGGGGGCUCUGCGCGCUGGUUUAGCCCCCUUGGGCGAGUACAGGUUGCCCGGGAGGAUGUUCCGGAGGGACGAGAACAGGAAGGUAGCCCUAAUAGGACUCACCGAGGAGACUCCUUAUGCUCUGGUCCCUAAGGAGACACCUGGAUAAGGGGGUGUCUGGAGAGUGAUCUGUAAGCCUCCUGACCCAGAUAAUGAAUUUUUAAGCAGAUUAGCUGAAUUCUUAGAGGGAAAGGGCCUGACAUUAGGGGAGUUGACCAGAGCUCUUGAGUAUGGAAACGACCCUUUUGACCUAGACCAGGACGUGAUCCUGGAAAUACGGGCCCCCACGUUAGCACAGGCAUUAGAUGAGGCUCUUCAGCCGGCCCUGCAGUACCUAAAACACAAAAAGCUGAGCGUAUUCUCAGGCAGUGAUCCUCCAGGACCAGAGGAAGAAGAAUUGGAUUCCUGGUUGUUUCAUACUACUCAAAUGAUGAAGGCAUGGCAGGAGUCAGAUGCUGAGAAAAGAAGGUGAUUGCUAGAGAGCCUUAAAGGCCAAGCAUAUGAUAUUAUUCGUGUCCUCAAGAUAAACAAUCCUUUAGUCAUGGUCCCUGAAUGCCUGCAGGCUCUUGAGCAAGUCCUCGGGGUUACUGAUAAUCCCAGGGAGUUGCAAGUCAAAUAUCUGACCACUUACCUGAAGGAUGAAGAAAAACUGUCUGCUCACGUGCUAAGGUUGGAGCCUUUAUUACGGAAACUGGUGGAGAGAGGAGCAGUUGAGAGAGAAGUUGUGAAUCAGGCCCGCCUGGACCAAAUCCUUGCUGGAACAGUCCACAGAACACUGCGCACGAGGCUUGCUCUGCCAGGAGGCCCAGCCCCUGGCUUAUUGGAAUUACUGACACUGCUAAGGGAUGAAGAAACAGCUGAGGAAGAGGAGGAGGUGCUUCUCCAGGCAGGAUUAGAGAGGCAUUUCACCUGACUCUUAGGAAACCAGGAAG